GAGAAAAUAAACCAAAUGCAUCUGCCAUCGUCCUUCUACACUACUGGUGUUAAAUUAACAGUGUGUUUGUGUAGUCAUGAUGAUCUCUUUGUCAGGCUGUCAGGCUGUGGAGUCACAGAGGAAGGCUGUGCUUCUCUGGUCUCAACUCUGGAGUCAAACCCCUCACACCUGAGAGAGCUGGACCUGAGUAACAAUGACCUGAAGGAUUCAGGAGUGAAGCUGCUCUCUGCUGGACUGGGGAAUCCCCACUGUAAACUGGAGACUCUGAGGCUGUCAGGCUGUCUAGUCACAGAGGAAGGCUGUGCUUCUCUGGUCUCAGCUCUGAGGUCAAACCCCUCACACCUGAGAGAGCUGGACCUGAGCUACAAUCACCCAGGAGACUCAGGAGUCAGACUGCUCUCUGCUGGACUGGAGGAUCCACACUGCAGACUGGAGAAACUCAAUGUGGAACAAGGUGGAGAGAACAGAAUGAAACCUGGGAUUAGAAAAUAUGUCUGUGAUCUCACACUGGACCCAAACACAGUAAACAGACUCCUCUCUCUGUCUGAGGAGAACAGAAAGGUGACAUGGAGGACAGAGGAGCAGCCGUAUCCUGAUCACCCAGAGAGAUUUGAGGUCUAUAGACAGGUGCUGUGUAGAGAGGGUCUGACUGGGCGCUGUUACUGGGAGGUAGAGUGGAGUGGGAGGGGGGCUGAUAUAGGAGUGACAUAUAAAGGAAUCAGCAGGAGAGGAGGGGGUUAUGACUGUUGUCUUGGAUACAAUGACAAGUCCUGGAGUCUGUUCUGCUCUGACAACCGUUACUAUGCCAGGCACAAUGAUAAACCCACUACCAUAGACGUCCCCUCCUCCAGCUCCCACAGAGUAGGAGUGUAUCUGGACUGGCCAGCCGGCACUCUGUCCUUCUAUAGAGCCUCCUCUGACACACUGACCCACCUGAUCACAUUCACCUCCACAUUCACUGAGCCCCUCUAUCCAGGGUUUAGGGUUUGGGAUGAUGGACAUUCAGUUUCCCUCUGUCAGUGAUACACACACACACACUGAACUCACACACACAUUGAACAUACAUACACACACACACACACUGGACUCACACACACACACACACUGGACUCACACA